AUGACUUCGUCUCUACUGUCGUCGCAUCUGGACCAGAUCUCUCUCUGCGCGUCAUCCAUAUCCGAUCUUCCAUUUUCACGGCCGAAACAGUUCACCAAUGCCCUCCUCAGCCACCACGACAUUACUGCUCUGAUCAGAGACACUGAACAACACGAACGCGCCCUGUUCUCUAUCGCUCCCCCUCCAGUGCCUUCCAAGUCGCAGAUUCAGCAAAUAUCCUCGGCUUUCACCACUUCUGCUUCUCGAUCGAUCGCAACAACAAAUACUCAAAGACCCCCUCGUCGCCAUACCGCUGUCGCUGCGGUUCUUGGUGGUGACUUGUAUCGCAAGACUAGAACUGGACACAGUGGGAAACUGUCUAAGGGUGAUAUCGAUGUCGAACUCCUGCUGCGAGGCGCAGAGAAGCUUUGUCGAGUCUAUCCGAUCCCAGGUGCCUUCGACAGGAUUGGUGAACUGAGAAACCGAUAUGCCCAAUUGAGUGCCAACAUUGCUCACUACGAAGAACGAGUCGCAAUGCAAUCUGCCGAACUGGACCAUCUACACCAGAACCAUGAUGGUUAUGAUCAAGACCACUAUGACUAUCAGGACGACCACAUCGAGCCUACGGUCCACAUGACCGAGGAAGACCUGGUAGAUGAGGAAGAGGAGAUUCGCGCUCUCGAGGACAAGAAGAGAGCACUCCAAUCCAGAGUCAGCAGUAUGGAAAAGGAUAUCGAAGGCCUGGCUAGAUGA